AUGUCUUCAACCAACGGCCGCGCGCUGGCAAUGAAGCGCAAGGUGCAGCAGACUGACAGUCGCCUCGAAUCUGGGACCAAGAGGCAUCACCCUGAUGGAUACGAUCCACAGGCGCCAUGGCUGCACGAGUCGAAGCUUGCUGGUGGCUGGCGCACACUGGGCAAUCCAGCCGUACGUGGUUCUUUGCCUUUGGCUAAUAUGGUGUCGGCUGUUCAGGACCUGAUCGAUCCUGAUUUCGAUCCGUUGACUGCGAUCCUGGAUGACGAGCCGCGGUUUUUGAAACCUCUUCCGGCGCGCGUUGCUCCUGAAGACCUGGAGUUUCUGCGCUUCCGCGGCGCGCUGUCGAUCCCCGAGAGCGGGCUGCGAAAUGAGUUGCUUCGAUGCUAUAUUCAGUGGGUGCAUAGCUUUAUGCCGGUGCUGAACCUGCAAGAGUUUCUGCGCUGUGUUGCAGAGAACGACCCAGAUGGCAAUGUCAGUCUCUUGUUGUUCCAGGCUGUCAUGUUCGUCGGCACGGCUUUCGUCGAUCUCAAGCAUUUGCAGGCGGCGGGAUACUCGACACGAAAGAGUGCACGUAACGAGUUCUUUACGCGACUCAGGUUGCUCUAUUCUCUCGAUUGCGAAGAGGACCGCAUCGUGAUUCUCCAAACACUGCUAUUGAUGACCUACUGGUCUGAUCCAGAAAACAGCCCACAGCGGGAUAUUUGGGAUUGGAUUGGGGUCUGCAACACUCAAGCACAUUCCAUUGGAUUAAAUAAAGACCCCUCGUCGAGCGAUAUGGACCUGCGGACUCGGCGGCUUCGUACCCGGCUCUGGUGGUGUCUAUACUCACGCGACCGGCUGAUCGCCAUGGGGAUGCGCCGCCCCCUGCAAGUCAAUGAGGGUACUAGCAGUGUACCAAUGCUGAGAAUGGAGGACUUUGACUUCGAGCCAUUCUCGCCGUCUGUGGUGGCUCAUUUCUGCUGCCGGCAGCUCGAGGAUACUUCGCACCAGAAACGACUGGCAACGAUGUUUAUGGAAAAUAUGAAGCUUUGCCAAUGUAUUGGUAGAGUGCUGUUUGCACAGUACACACCAUCGCAGCGCCAAUUCGGAGCCACGGAUCGCACGACUGUCACGCUGGUGCCGCGGCAGGCCUCGGAGUCGGAGUUCUCACGCUGCAGCCAGAAGCUCGAGUCCUGGCUCAGCACGCUCCCCAAAGAAGCGCAAUUUAUCCCAGCCUCAAAAAAUAAUUUCCGGGAUGGCGAAGACGUGCUGCUGCUCCACGGCGCUAUGCUGCGCAUGCUUUACCACGCCACCACCAGCGCACUGCACCGGCCCUGGGCAGUCCUCACCAAGGACCAGUCCAAGUCGCGCAUGGAAUGGCGCAGCACGGCGCGCACCAAGAUGCACGACGCUGCUGCCGGCAUUACCCAUAUUAUCCAGGGCUUGAACCAGCUCAACCUCACGCGCUUCCUUCCGCAGACCGGUGUCACCGUCAUCCUGCCUGCGGCUGUGGCCCACCUGUCCAACACCAUGUCCGACAACCCGACUGUCCGCGAAAACAGCAUCUAUAACUUUCAUCGCUGCAUUCAGGUGCUCCACUGCCUCAAGGAUAUCUACCCGGCCGCCGACGCCGAGUUUGCCAAUAUCGAGGCCGCCAUCAAGAUGCAAGCGAGUAACUCCAAUACCUUCUUCCAGGUCAUGCAGUACAACCUAGAUGCCCCUGCUGCAUCGCUCUCUACCAGAAAGCCAAGUAGCGACUCAAUAACCACCACCCACUCGCUCCGAUUCCUGGAGGACAAGCCUGCUGGCCCCGACACCGUCACAGCCCGUGCCAGAGCGUCGUCUCCCAAUGAACAAAGUAUGCAGCUGCAGAGAAAGUACAGCAGCGAAACAACACAAGAAUCCUCCACUCAAUCCCGUCUUCCGCCGCCAUCCUUCCCCAACGACUUCGAUUUUGCUACUCCUAACAACACCACCGACAGCAACCCUUUCAACUUCCUCUCCAUGGACAUCGACUCGUUUCCAGAUUUGCACGUAUCAAAUGAACCUCAAAUCACUACUAUCUCGCCGACUGCCCAGGACCUCGACAAUAUCGACUGGGCGCAAGAGCUAUUCCGAGAAACGGACUUACCCGAGGUUGACGUCUCGCGGGGUGAUGACCAUCAUCGCAGACAAAGUCUUUAUAAUGAAUCGGAGGAACAGGAACAGGAGCAGGACCUCUUUACAUUUACGCUGAAGGAUGAUGACGACCAUCCGAGUGGAAUCACUCAACGGCAUCAGUCGAUCAGCCAUGCCAAACCGGAUAUCACCGGGGAUCUGGAUCGUGAUCUUGGGUUUCAGACUGGCGAUGAGAUAUUCUAG